AGGCGACCGUUAGGAUUACUCCCAAACAAAACCCCAACACUCUCACUCAGCUUCAGCUUUUGUCUCUAGACCAUGACUGUCGCCACCGCAGCCUCAGCCCAAACCAAGAAGAUCAUGAAGCUCGGCCUCUCUCUUUUUCGGCGGGGCUUCAACUCCUCCAAAUGCAAAACGGCGGCGAAGAUGGCGGUGGCGAGAAUAAAGCUGCUGAGGAACAAGAGGCAGGUGGUGGUGAAGCAGAUGAGGCGUGACAUUGCUUCUCUGCUUCAGAAAGGUGAAGACGCCACUGCUCGUAUCCGGGUUGAACAUGUGAUUAGAGAACAGAAUGUUUUGUCUGCCAAUGAGUUCAUUGAGCUGUUCUGUGAGUUGAUCGUGUCUAGACUUCAAAUCAUUGCAAAGCAAAGGGAGUGUCCGGCUGACCUCAAAGAAGGAAUUGCUAGCUUAAUCUUUGCAACACCAAGGUGCUCUGAGAUUCCAGAACUGGUGGCACUAAGGAAUGUCUUUGAGAAGAAAUAUGGAAGAGAUUUUGUAGCUGCUGCUACUGAUUUGCGACCUGACUGUGGUGUGAAUCGCAUUCUCAUUGACAAGCUCUCUGUUAGAACCCCUACGGGUGAAGUGAAGUUGAAAAUAAUGAAGGAAAUAGCAAAGGAAUACCAGGUUGAUUGGGAUACAGCAGAAUGUGAACAAGAACUACUCAAACCUCCAGAAGAGACUAUAGAUGGACCUCGCAAUUUUGUUAGUGCUACCAGCUUGCCUCUGACAACUCAAUCUUUUGAGUCUAAUAAGUCAGAAACCAGGCUUUCUUCCAGUUCGUUGCGCAGAACAAGUGCUGGUGGAGAGAGGGAAACCAGUUCUAUGCGUAGAAUGAGUGGAGGGGGAGAAAGGGAAACUAGUUCCUUUCACAGAACAAGUGGUGGUGGAGAUAGAGAAACCAGCUCUUUUCAAAGAACAAGUAGUGGUGGAGAAAGGGGAUAUUUGCAAUUUGCAGACUCGGCAUCAGCUGCUGCAGCAGCUGCAAAAUCUGCCAGCGAUGCAAUGGCUGCUGCACAAGUGGCUGCAUUUUUGGCCAACAAAGACUCCAAUCGGGCAUCUGCUAAUGAGUUUAAAACCCUUUCGGGCAAUUCCACUGGCCAACAAGAACAAGAUAGUCCAGCUGUUGACUCUUAUGAUAUGGAUCAUCAAUAUGAAGCUGAGAGAAAAACACACUGGACUGAGAGUUUGGACAGGCCAAAUUCUUCAAACAAUAAUGUUAGCCAUGGAGGAGAGGCAAAUAAUUUUCUCUAUAGAAGAUACAGCUACAACGCACCAUCAGAAAAUUCAGGUAUCAAGUUUGAUGAAUCAGACACUGAUGAAGAGAUUGAAAUGGAGGCACCUCCAAGUGGCAAUUAUCACGCUCCCAAGCGUACUCCACCAUCAGUACCUUCGGCAACUGUUAGGCAGGAGUCACUCCAUCGUGUUCAUCCCAAAUUGCCCGACUACGAUACACUUGCUGCUCGCUUUGAUGCCCUUAAGCAUCAUCGCAAAUAAGCCUAAAUUUUAAGAUUUGCUUGUGCAUCACUUUUUGGUUGCUUGUAAAAUUCAUAUAUACUUGCUGGAUGCGUAUCACGAACACAAUGUUGCUUAAGCACCAGUUUUAGCUAUCUUGUAUAACUCGUAUGUUACAUGUUGGAUGCUUGUCGUUCUAUCAUGUUGAUACUGAAUAAUACAAAUUACAGAUUUUGCUACGC